AUGGAGGAGAAACUGGAGAGCGACCUGCUGUCGGUGUUCGCGCAGAGCGUGUCGAGCAACUUCGAGGACAUAAAGCAGAGCGAAGCGAAGAUCACGGCGCUGUACGAGGACCCCAACCGGGAGAACUACAUCCGGCUGCUCCUCAAGUUUGUCAUGUACCCCUACGAUGAGAAAAACGAAAAAAAAAACCUCUACGAUGGAGUGCUAAACAGGAACGUAAAAAUAGCAGUCAUGAUAAGCAUAAAAAACUUUGUAAAAAAAAGCGUCCACAGUAAUAUGGAGAAUUUAGAGCUGAGUCCAGACUUGAGCAUACAGAUCAAGCACUUCUGCAUGCACUUCCUCCUCGACGUGAAUAAUGAAGACAUACAAAGUCUGGACAAAUAUUUCUACGAGAUAUUAUUGUACCUGUUCAAGUUUAGUAUUUGUGACGACUACGAUUAUCUGUUGUUUUAUCUGAUCACCCUGUAUAUUAGUGACGGCGGAGCAGACAGUGUGGUACAACUACUGCACAGUGAUGAGAGGAAGAAGGUGGAUGACACAGCCAAGAUUAUAGACUGCAUUAUGCUCUACGUAAGGAAUAAGGAAAUAAUGGAGAACCUAACCCAGGACAACUUUUUCGCUCAGUAUCCCAAGUUUGUAGCCAACCUGGAGGAAAUAAAAAAUGUCAUCUGUUGUAGAAACAAGUCUCUAAACGAUGAUAUAGUUAACUACAUCAACAACACGAAAAGAGUCUACAAGACGAACGACAGGCAUAGCUUAUUCCUGCUCAGUGAUUGUGUUCUGUACGGCUUGCCUGGAGCUGGCCAUGCUAGUCUUUCCAACAUGGUUAGCGUAGUUAACGUGGUUAGUGCGGUUAGUGUGGAUAAUGCUGUUAACGCAGUAGCUGGGGGGAUAAGUAACGCCCAGUUCGACUUUCCAGGAAAGGGAACCAUCGCCAACGAUUACAACGGGAAUGUGAAGCUCGUGCCUCUUGCCAACGCCAUGGCACACUCCUCCAAUCAUCACAUAAACACAACUCUCCUGCGAAAAAAAUUCAUCGCUAUGAAAAUAGUUAGAAAAAUUGUAAAGAAGUACAAAAACAAUGACUACGUGUCGAAGUAUGAUUUGAAAAUAAUCCUCACUCAUAUUGAAUUUCCUCUGACACUUUACUUUGUCUAUCUGUAUGGGAAGUUUUCCGAAAGUAGUGGAUACCUUGCAGAGAAGUUAAACGUAGCAGGGGGGGGUCCGAACGCGUUGCUUUCCGGAACCACAGGGCAAAUCAAACCGAGUGAAGCCUACCUACAGAUAAGUAAUUGCUUCCUCGCCAUGAACUACCUCCUGCAAAACAUGCACGUUUAUUUGAAAAUAUUCUACGCCAUCAUCGGCGUGGACCUACCAGAAUACUUUGAGGACAACUUCGAGGUCCUUUUCAACAUUUUCAACAACAUGCUUCUCUACGAUGUUGGCCUGGUGGGCAAUUUCGUUCGCUACAUGGAGGUGCUGCACAACGCGGGGGGUUCUUCCUCCUACAGUGCAAACGCCAUUUCUUCACCGCAGGGCCACGCUGGUCAGUUUGCCCCCCCGCAACUGAGCCCGCAAGAACUGUCCAAAAUAAACGCCCAAUUUAUGCAAAACGUUUUAAAGUGCAAGGUGAUGCUAGUAGACGUUAUUAAAGUCAUUUCGGAGACGUACCAAGAUGAGUCGAAGAAGUACAUUGUGAAGUUAGUGUUUUCCCUGACGCAGGUUCUAUACUCCGAGGGGGACAGGAACUUGCUGUGCCACAAUUACAAUUGCCUUGCAUCUACCAUCAAGCUAAUACACCACAUGAACCUCAACAAAAAUGACUCGAACCCGUAUAAGGACAAGCAGUUUCUGCACAAAAUUAUCGAACGGGUUCUACACCACAUCCGACUUAAACGAAGCGAUAUAGAAGAAAUCCUAGAUGCGGAUUUGGACUAUUUCAGAAAUGACCUGAACAAGGUAAAUUCCUUCUCCGUCAGAUCUGCCGCUACGUACUUUUUGAAAACGCUCUGCGAUAACUACUUCGACGCUUGCUUCCCCAUGUUGGAGGUUAGGAUUUUCGCACGGGACUCUCUCAUGUUCUUCAAUCAGUCUGGCACGUCGUCCAGUCAGGGAGUCGAUGGAGUAGGAGGGGGGGGUGUCUCCACAUCCAUUUCAAACGCAACCGCGCAGAACAACCAUUCAGGAAAUCAGCACCAUGUGGGGAUCGAUAAGAACGACCCCUUCUAUGAGGCGUGCAAUUUAGAAUACAAGAUACAACUGAUCACCUGUCUGGGGCAGGUAAACUUGGCACAGAACUUUUACGAACAAAACGUGCAACACAUUCUUAAGGAAUUCGUUAUGACAGCUAAGAUGAAGUACCCAGAUGUGGACUCCCUCUGCUACGGCAUCCACGAUUACGACUUUACUAGUCGCCCUGCAACAAACUCCAUUAGCGCAAAUGCAGGCACAAAUCAGCAGAAAUCUGUUUGGCUCUCCAGCGAAGACCUGUUCAGCAAACAGAAUACCAUCUACCUGUUGUCCAUUCUGAAGUUCCUCCUCAACAAUAGGAGCAUCUGCAUCGGGUCGAGCAACGCGCUAGACGUGUUCACCUUCCUACACCACCUGCUCUUCACAGACAAAGUAAUGAUCUACUGCUACGCGUGUCUUUGCAUGAAUCGAAUUCUAAACCAACAAAUAAGUGGUGACCUCGUGCAGGUCAUCUUCACCAACUGUUUGUCGAAAACGAUGACGAGGCUGUUGUUCCUACUGAAGUACCACGUUCAUGUGAAGGUCCUAAAUGAGUACAUCCUAAUUACUAUUAUGAGGAUAUUCCUUCUGUGCCCAGAAAAGCUAGCCGAUUUAUAUGUCCCCGUAUUGCUGAUCCUAGACAACACAAUCAAGACAAUUAUAAACGACUCACACAACCCUCUGUUUAAUCACUACCUGUUUGAGCUACUCACCCUGAUCAUCUCCUUAAUAUACAAAUCGCAAAAUAACAAUAGUAUUCACCAAGUGGAGGAGGUGGUCAUCUCUACUUUUUCGCAAAUACUGCAGAUGUAUGUGCACGACUUUAUCCCUUACAUUUUUCAGAUUCUUUCCAUAAUUGUAGACAACACUUUUACUGUUCAGAAAAUUCACGUAAAAAUUUUAAGGAACUUAUACGAAAUGGAUCUGUGGAAGAGUACCGUUGGAAAUGUCAACGGGAUCAUUUGUGUUCUGAGAAGCUUUUUUAAAAAAUACCACCUUUUUGAAGAGAUCAUAAAGACCAAUAUGCAGCAACUUUUUAACAUUUACCAUUACUGUUUGUCUAAUAAGAAGCUUUCUACCGAUUCGUUUCAAAUAAUUCUUAUUGUCUUUACCUACCUCCCUGUGGAAGCUUAUAAGACGUUUCUGAAGCCCCUCUUCGUCUUACUGUUUACCUUUCUGCAGCAGUAUAAAAACGACAUUAUUAAGAUUAAGGUGGUGCAUGCGUUGUCCGUGUUGGUCCUCAAGACGGACGUUUCGCUGUUCGUCGACACGGUGGAGCAGAUACAUGCGGGCCUCAUCUUCAACGUGCUCAAGAACCUCUACAUGCCAAUCCUCGACAAGCUAAUCAACGUGAACGAAAAGAUCAUCAUCUUCCUGGCCCUCACCAAAAUAAUGAGCAACGAAAAAAUACGUGGCGAGCCCUUCGUCGUCGAUAUGCUCAGUCUCCUGAACCAAAAUAUAACAAACAACGAACUCGUCAUGAAAAAAACCAAGGUCCACCACCAGGAGGUGCAGAAGGACGAGCUGGACAAGAACUUCGAGGUCACCUACGUCAAGCUCCAAAUGAUCAACAACGAUAAUAUUAACGACACGGUCCUGCGUGACAUCAACAUAAACCUGGAGCUCAAGCAAAACCUCUACAACUCCGUUGCUCGUGCGGAAGGAAGUGUGAGCGGCCCGCGCAUUCCUUACCAAACCAAACGAAACUGUACAAUGAAAAAUUUUUUUUUAAACUGCAUCAACAACAUAGUUAAACGAAAAAGGGAAAAUAAAGUGAAGCAACUUCUGAACUUCCUUUUGGCAAAGCAGCGAGCUGGCCACUUGCACGACCACGAUGUUGUGUACCCUCUGUCAGCGCUCUGCUCCUUGUUGUAUGAGUUGAGCGUGCAGGUGGGACGUCCGGUGGGUGAAAGGACGCACCGGGUUGAAAAGCAGGACGGGAAGGGAGGUGAACACCCCCAGGGUGGAAAAGCAUCCCUUCCGCUAACACCUACACAGUCACCUACACAGUCACCCACCCCGGCAACGACGCUGAAUUUCCUGCGAACGAGCCAGCUGCACGUGGGCUCCUUCGUGGAAGCCCUCUUGACGCAGUUCCAUGCAAAGGGUGACGCCUCAGAGGAGGCCAUCCGAAGUUGCACGUACCUGCUGAACGGGCUGUGCCUGUUGGACUACGACGGGCAGGAGAACCACUCCAGGGAGCUCCUUUCCAGAGUGGUAACCUCCUUUGUCCAACUGAAUAGGAGGUACCUAAGCCAUGUUGGGGGAAGCCACCGAGUAGGUCAAGCCCCAGAAGGGGUACCCACCCAAAUGGGGGUAAUUACCCCUCAGAACGACUCUUCCAACGGGAAGGUACACAGCCAAAUGUUGGUGGAAAUGCUCACUGUAAUGAAUAAUCAUUCUGCAAAAUUAAGACGCUCCAAUGAGCACAUGGAUCUGCUGAGCGUCUUCUACCUGGAGGUGGUUAAUUACCUGUUCGCCUCAACCGUACUUUGUGUAACCCCCCCUGUGAAGUGUCACCGACGGGUUGUUCUAACUAGCCAUAUUAAUCCAAACCGCAUGAACUUCACUCGAAUUAAGCAGUUCUACUCUGAGGUCCACUUGGACGUGCACCACUUUGUUAGUAUCGCCCUGUUUGUGAAGAGAUACGCAGAUGUGCUAAACCGGUUCGACCUUCGGACGGGAGCUCAGAAAUCUCCUGAAGAUAUAUACCCCAUUAGUAAUAACCACCUGCACCGCACGCUAAGCACAGCCAUCGUGCAUAUUUACCUGAACCUGUUUUGGAGACCCAAGUGGGAGACGUCCUCACAGGGAGGCUCCUCCAACAGACGACAACACAUAUGUAGUAAUGAAGACACGCAAUUGGAAAGAGUUCCCUCCCCGAAUAAGCAAAAAGGAGCCACAUCCGACCGUUCCAAUCCUACCUCCGCCUUCCUGUCCAUGUGGAGUUCCUUCCCCGAUGAAUUUACCCAACUCUACAAUUCGCAAAAAAUAAACAUCGACCUUGUUGUAAGGAAUAUUCUUAUGGAUGUAGUCAGCUGUUUGAAGACGCUAUCCGUGAGAGUUGUAACUAGCGAUCCCCUAACCUGUGACCAUUUUAACAGGAGGAUUUACAGCCACAUCGUAUCCUUUAAGCUUAUCCUAAAUGGCAUCGAUGGGGAGAACCUACCACGAAGAGAUUCCCUCGUUAGUGCAUUUUAUGUGUAUUGCCAUUUUUGGGACUUCCUUAUAAAGUUCUACAUUUCGGUCAUUUACACCAACAGUUUGGUCUGUCUGCUUGGCUGCUUCUGCGCAGGGGGGGUAAAGCGAAUGAAAGGGAAGGGUCGCUACAUCUCUAUUAUUAGGAUCGUAAAUGAGGAAGUGUUACAGAGAUGGGAAGGAGCAGGCGCAAAAUAUGUAGAUGCUCCCUCAGUUGGGCAGUCAUUCAGCGGGGAGCACCCACAUGGUUCACUAAUCAGACCCGACAACACGCAGUGCCCCCCCCUGCUGGCCAACCAGAGACACCUCUUCAACCUGUGUAAUCUGUACGCCCAGCUGAACUUCCACGACGAGGCCUUCACUAAACUGCUCACCAGAAUGACCAUUCAUAAUUUGACACAACUAGGAAGGAAGGAUAUCAUGGCUGUGGUGUACUUCCUGGGGAAAGCGCCCCCAACGGAGGGGGAGAUUCUACUUCACCUAGUGAAACAGAUCCAAUUACACUUGACCACCUAUGACAUGUGUGACUUGCACUUAACACUGAAGACACUCCUUAAGUAUACCCAUGAGAAGGAAGGGAAAAGUUUUUACACCACACAUAUGGCCACUCUACUACACCAUGUGCUUUUACGCGUCCUCAUUGUGUGUUCCCAAAUGGAGGCAAAGGAGGACGCUACACAGUCGCCAUGGCAGGGGAAGACCAAAGAGCAGAUGUUCCCACAGCAGGUUCAUUUUACUAAAACACUUCACGCGUUUUAUGGUGUGCUUCUCUCCUCUGGGAGAUUCGAUAAUACGUUUGUCGUCCAACGGGGCAACAACACUUCACACGGACCGGAGGAGGGCACUACUGCCCUUUCGAUAAGCCAAGAAGAAAUGCAAGCCGUCUAUGCAAAGCUGUUAAAACGACCCGAUCGGUUCACACCAAGCAGAGGAAUGCUCACCCUAGGUGAGAGGAACCCAUUUCUGCGGGAUACCCUUAACAUAUUAAACCUCGCAGUUAAGCUAAUGAUGGGGAAACGCUGCCCCCCGUUCGAUGAUCACCACUUUGCUAUGUUAGAAACCCGUUGCCUCCCCCUGUGUGAUGCGUUGUACCUUCUCAUUAAGCGAAUGAAGAACCCCGCAAAUUGCUUCAGUGUGCCAGAGUGGGUCAGUAUAAUCCUCUGCCACUGCAAGGUGGGCCACAUACCCGACUACCUUAACGAAUAUUUGGCACUCCUCCACGGGAUGAUCGACGGGAUGAUCGACGGGAAGAUCCACGCGAAGAUCCAUGCGAAGAUCCAGGCGAACCGCCCUACGCAACCGCAUGGGGUGCACACCAAGGACCUGCGCCUCAUUCGGAUGUUAUCACAUCAACUAAAAUCGCUUCGUUUGAAAAACGGGGAGCUCUUUGCACCAUUUUGUAUGCAUGAAACGGAGCAGUCCCCCCCCUGUGGGCUAAUACUUCCUAUGCGCCUCUUUUCACUUCUGCUCACCGCCCUUGUCACCACUUUGCAAAGUCCUCUUUUUGCUCGCCGGCCCCAUCAUCGCACGGCUUUGGGAGUUCCUCCCGUAAGUCAUGUUCUAGGAGUGGUAGGAGGGUGGGCAUUCAUCUCAGGACGCGUCGGUCGAAUUAGCAACAGGAACAGUGCAGACUACGGGGCAGGUUCUGCUCCAACCUCACAAAAAGGACGACGUAACCACUUCGAACUCAGAGGGUCCCUAAACGAUUACAUCUACAAGCUACUCCUCCGAAGGUUCAAAAAGGUCACACACAAAAGUCCAAUCAACAUUUUCAAGUCUGUGUUGUCUCCCCGACGGAGCUACAACAUUGACUUCCUCUUUUCCUGUAACUACACCAUAAGUCAAAUAAAAAAAAAAAUAGCAGAAUACAUGUAUGAGCUGAAGCUAGUCGAUGGAGCAGAAUUUAAAGCCGUUUAUCUGGGCAAGAGGAGACUCGUCCGGCCAAUAAAGAAACAAAUGGAGGCCUACUACGUUUUGUUUUCCUUCCAGAUGUACCCCUCCCUCAUUUACGAGAUUAAGAGGAAGCUCUACCUGCAGGAUGCCGUCUUGAGGUUCAUGGUCACGAAGAACGAAAAGACAUCCAGGAGCCUCGAGUACCAGGAGAAUGAACCUGUUAGGCAAGGGCUGGCCGCCACCGAGGCCCAAUUUUUUAAGAAGGCGGACUGA